AUGACUCAACUCAACAAUCUUGUCAAGCUUCUUCUUCUUUGUGCGAUGGUCGCUGUUGGUGUCAAUGCACAGAUCCGUGGUAGUCAUCCAUUCGAAUUUAUUAAGCGUCGCAUGGAAAGCAAGAAGGAUGAAGCCAUUUCUCGAGGAGAGCUUCAAGAACGCUUCGGUCUUCUCCCAAAGAAGGCACAAGGUUCAGGAAAGAGACGGAGCUUGCAAGAAUCUGGAUCUCUUCGAUUCACCGGUAUUUACAACGAAAUCGGAUCCGCCACUGAAGGAGCAACUCCCACUACAGUUGGAGCAGUCUUUGGAUUGAAUGGAUUCAUGUAUGACAUCGACUCUGGUGAUGCCAUUGGAUCCUUGGAGGGAACAUGCACAGUCAGCGCUUCCAAUGACGAACACUUCUGCUCAUACCAUCUUUUGUUUGGAGACGGAGACAAUGCUGGUCUCGUUGUCGCUUCUGGUACCCUCACAUUCGGCGAUAACGAUGGUGGUUUCUUGAUCGUUGAGGCUACCGCAUUCAACUUGGAUGGAUACCAAGGUGGUAUAUUUACCCUACGAUACGAUUCCAUUGAAAACUUGAUCUUCACUGGCGAAAUUGAUCUUGUCUAA